AUGCAAAAUAGUGCUCAAAAAUCUAAAACUUAUGUGAAAAAAGUAGGAUUAACUCUAAACUCUGCCAUUGAUAGAUCAAACGAAAACUAUGAAAAGUAGGCGCAAUAAAAAGUAGAUAAUUAAGGUAAAGAAUAAUUGGUCAAUAGGAUGAUCGAAUUACACAGGCAUAAUUCUAGUUUACUAUCACCAAAGUAAAGCAGAAAUACCCGAGGAAAUGUUUUAAAAAAGUUGAAUUAUUUAACCAAUGAUGGGAGGAAAGAUUAGCAUAGCCAUCAAGAUAAUAUAGCCUCAAAUAGUAGAUAUGACAGCAAGCUAAUGACACCUAAAUCAAUCGGAAAAUCUUCUACAUAGAUAUCUGAAUAUAUUAUGCAGCUAAAGUCUCCUACGACAACUAAGGGAAAAUAAGAUUUUAUAGAAAAGAAUAAGACUCAUUUAUGCGAGCCAAAAACAUUAGAAUUUGAUAAGAUUUAAGAGGUAGAUCUAUACAGACAAUAAAAGACACCUAAUAUUCAUAAAAAUGGGGGAUGCUAAAAAAGUAGUGCGAAUGCGACAUUUACAGAUGAUAAGCUAUCCUCAUUUAAAUCAUCUAUCAUUAGCUAGCAGGCAUCAGUCAAUUCAGUAAUGUAUCAAACCUUCGACUAAAAUAUAAAGUCUCCGAAGCAGAAUUCCAGCAACACCCUAAGAGUUAAUCUUAAAGAUUAUAUGAACUUUGAGAAUGAUUAAAAGGUAGAUAGGAUUAAAAAGCAUAAUCCAAAUGUUAGAGUGCUAAAGAAGAAUAACUCAGCUAUCAAUAUCAUUUCUGAUCCAUUCAAUAUUACAAUUGAUAUCAAUAAUAAAGGGACAUUAAAAUUUAAUAAAAAAACAAAAGAUAAGCCUAAUAAUGGAAAAGAUUUUCAAAAGGAAUAUUUAUAGUAUGGAGUUUGGCCUGAGAUGAGCUAUUAAAAUUAACAAGAAAUAAGGUAAAAAUAAAGAUAAACUGAGAGAGAAAAAUCAUCUGAAAAGCCAUAGAUUAUCAUAAAUAGUCUAAGCAAGGACAAACUAGCAUUUGAAAUUAAUGAUAGUCAUCAUCUUUAUUAAUUUAGAACUUAAAACCUGAAAAGCAUGGAAUAAAAUUCAAAUGAGAAAAUCGAAACUGAUUGUAAAUUCUAGCAGGUUUAGCCUAAACAUUGUGUAAGUGGUUCUUGCAUUUGCUGCUAGUAGCUGAAUAUAGAAAAAGAAGAUCAUAAUAGAACUAAAAAAGCUUUGGAUUAGGCUUUGUAGCUCGCAAAUCUGCUAAUGAGAGAAAUUCAUUUGAUUGAUAAAAAAAUUACAUCGACUGUUUAUAGCGAAGACUAUGGAGUAAGCUAGUAAAUAAUUCCUCUCUAAGAUAAUACUUAUUCUCCAACAAGCAUUAAUAAUAACAGUCAGAAUCAUAUGGUUGGGCAUAAAGAAAGUAAGAAAUAGCUCUAUCAAAGCAUUUAAGAUUUUAUUGCAACCUAGCUUCUAAAGUCAUCCUUCCUUGAUAAUGAAAUAAAGUAUAACAGCACAAGUAGUACCUAUAAUCAAGAUGAUGUUGCCAAUGAAUUAGAAAAUAGACCUUUACAGCAAUCAGCAAGUAAAAAUAGAUUUAAAAGAGAGAAUAAAUUAACAAAGGGAGAUGAAAAGCAGACAUUGUGA